AUGGCCAACCAGGCUCGCGUCGCUUCCCUCCAGGACAACAUCAACCGCCCCACCCGGGUCCUCUCCUACCCCAAGAAGGCCGAUGGCAAGCCUCUCUACACCUCCGAGUUCUUUGGCGAGAACGUCUUCUCGCUUCAGCAGAUCGCCAAGGCCCUGCCCAAGCCCGCCUAUGCCUCCUUCCUGAAGCAGAUGCGCGGUCGCCAGGCCCUCGACAAGGGCACUGCUGACGCCAUCGCCCACGCCGUCCGCAUUUGGGCCAUGGACCGUGGCGCCACCCACUUCACCCACUGGUUCCAGCCCCAGACCGGCUCGACCGCCGAGAAGCACGAUGCUUUCCUCACACUAAAGUCCAGCUUCUCCCCCAAUGGCGAGGAGGUCACUGCCAUCGAUGCCUUCUCUGGCUCGCAGCUGCUCCAGGCCGAGCCCGAUGCGUCAUCGUUCCCCUCCGGAGGCAUGCGCACCACCUUCGAGGCCCGUGGAUACACCGUCUGGGACACCACCUCGCCCAUGUUCAUUCAGGAGGGACCCCACGGCACCUCGGUCCUUUACAUCCCCUCGGUCUUCAUCUCCUACAACGGCGAUGCUCUCGACGAGAAGACCGUCCUCCUCCGCUCAACCUCCGCCAUCGCAAAGUCCGCCAGCGAGCUCCUCAACCUCAUUGACCCCGUCCCCGUCGGUGCUCAGCCCAAGGUCAGCCAUGUCUACACCACCCUCGGAACCGAGCAGGAGUACUUCUUGAUCGACCGCUCCCUCUACUCCCUCCGCCCCGACUUGAAGCACACCGGCCGCACCUUGAUCGGAAACUUGCCCCCCAAGCAUCAGCAGAUGGACGAUCACUACUUCGGACGCGUUCCCUCCAAGGUCAUGGCCACCAUGUCCGAGGCCGAGCUCGAGCUCUUCCGUCUUGGUGUCCCUGUCAAGACCCGCCAUAACGAGGUCGCCCCUCAGCAGUUCGAACUCGCCCCCAUCUUCGAGGAGGCCUCGCUCGCGGUUGAUCACAACCUGUUGACCAUGGACGUUCUCUCCAAGGUCGCCCACAAGAACAAGCUGAAGGUCCUCUUCCACGAGAAGCCCUUCAAGGGUGUCAACGGAUCCGGCAAGCACUGCAACUGGUCCAUGUCGACUGACCGUGGCGAGAACUUGCUCGACCCCACUGUCAAGCCCGAGACCAACUACCGCUUCUUGCUUGUCCUCGUCGCUGUCCUCCACGCCGUCCACCAGCACGGAGGCCUCAUGCGUACCUCGAUCGCCUCUUCCUCCAACGAGCACCGUCUCGGUGCUUGCGAGGCUCCCCCAAUGAUCGUUUCUGUCUUCUUGGGUGAGCACUUGACCGAGGUCCUCAACUCGAUCGAGGAGUCCCGCCCCAUCAAGAACUUCUCCGUUCCCGAGAUCCAGACCAUCAAGUUGGGAGGCACUGCAUUGGAUGUCAAGGUCGCCUCUUUGCCCAGCAUCGCCCGUGACUUGACCGACCGCAACCGCACCUCGCCCUUCGCCUUCACCGGCAACAAGUUCGAAUUCCGUGCUGUCGGCUCCAAGCAGUCGCCUGCCUUCCCCGUCACCAUCCUCAACGCCGCCGUCGCCUCGGCUCUUCAGGAUGUCACUGCUGCCCUUCGCGAGCAGAUGGGCGACAAGCCCUACCCCUCGGAUGCCGACAAGGUCGCUGUCAUCAAGAAGUUCAUUGCCUCGACCAAGUCUGUUCGCUUCGAGGGCGAUGGUUACUCCGAGGCCUGGAUCCACGAGGCCGAGAAGCGUGGUCUGCCCAACAUCAAGACCAGCCCCGAGGCCUUCGAGCAGCUCUUGAACCCCGUUCACUCGGACAUGUUGACCAAGCUCGGUAUCUUCACCGCCUCGGAGCUCCAGUCCCGUCACUUGAUUCUCCAGGAGCGCUAUGCCAAGGAUCUCCUCGUCGAGGCCUCGACCCUCCGCACCUUGCUCGCCUCCCAGAUCUUGCCUGCUGCUUUUGAGUACCGUGCUAGCUUGGCUCAGGCCAUCGGCUUGUUGAGAAACAUCGACAACGACGAUGCUUCGCCCGAGUUGGCUGCCCUCAAGGCCCUGACCCCUGUUGUCAAGGAGCUCCAGGCUGCGAUCGAAAGCUUGGACGGCUCCAUCCAUGGUAUGCAUGAGGUCGGCGAUGAUGCCGUUGCGGAGGCCAAGUUCGCCAACGACCAUAUCGCCCCUGCCCUGAACGUUGCCCGUGCUGCGGCCGACAAGCUCGAGGCCUUGACCGCCGACAAGUACUACCCCAUCCCCCACUACAGUGAGCUCUUGUGGUUCUAA